CCCACCCACCCACCCGCCGACCGACCGACCGACGCGCCGAGGCAGGCUCAGCCGCGGCCCACCGGCCGGCCCCAUCCGACUAGCCAUGGGAGACAAGAAGAGCCCGACCAGGCCGAAGCGGCAGCCCAAGCCGGCCUCCGACGAGGGCUACUGGGACUGCAGCGUCUGCACCUUCCGGAACAGCGCCGAGGCCUUCAAGUGCAUGAUGUGCGAUGUCCGCAAGGGCACCUCCACUCGGAAGCCUCGGCCUGUCUCCCAGUUGGUCGCACAACAGGUCACCCAGCAGUUUGUGCCCCCUACACAAUCCAAGAAAGAGAAAAAAGAUAAAGUAGAAAAGGAAAAGAAUGAAAAGGAAACAACUAGCAAAAAGAACAGUCAAAAGAAGACCAGACCAAGAUUGAAAAAUGUAGAUCGGAGUAGCGCCCAGCAUUUGGAAGUUACCGUUGGCGAUCUGACGGUCAUUAUUACAGACUUUAAGGAGAAAACCAAGUCACCACCUGCGUCUAGUGCUGCUUCUGCAGAUCAACACAGUCAGAGUGGGUCUAGCUCUGAUAAUACAGAGAGAGGAAUGUCCAGGUCAUCUUCACCCAGGGGAGAAGCCUCAUCGUUGAAUGGAGAAUCUCAUUAAAGUUUAUUUUCUCCAGUUUCUUUAGUCUUUCUCUUGUACCAUGCAAAUACACAAAUUCUGCCAACAGCUGCCACAUUUUCAUGACAAACUUGUGCGUUCACAACUGCAUCCUAUCCAGAACAUAUGUUUUGCAAAAAAAAAAAAAAAGAAAGAGAAAUGCAGCAUUAGGAUUAAUAAUUUUGUAGGAAUCUACAAUUUAUAUAAGACAUUUUCAGAUUAAACAUUUUAAUCUUCACAGUUUAAGGUGCCAUGAAAGUGUGGUUAACAUUUAUUACACAGUGUUAUUGGUAAGUCCGUUUUCACUUUUAGUUUAGUGAAUUCUAACACAAAAUAUUUAAUUGGCAUGUUCAUGAUUUAAAUUUUUAACAUAGUUCAAGCUGCCUAAAUAUGUAUUAUUUGAGGAUUGUGAAACAGAUAGUUAUAUGUAUUCAAGUCAAAGAUCAGUUUAAUCAACUAUUGCUGCAACUGGAUUUUCGUAAUGGUUUUCUUCUUAAAUACACCUGCUGGUACUUGGUGUGGUUAAAUAGGAAAAAUGUUAUUAAAUAAAGCAUUUGUAUGAACUUUUGCCAAUGUUUUUCAACACAUUUUAUUAGAUUACUAUUGCUGUUUCUGGUUUUGCCUCUCUUUUUGUUUUUGCUUUUGUCAUUCAUUUGUUGUCGUGUUUACUGAGCAAAUUAGUAAACAUAUUAAAAAGCAUUGUUUAGCUUUAUAAUUCAGAUUCAGUACUUUUGUCAUUUUACACUGGCAUUUUCUUUUUUUAUGAAAUAUUAAAUCUCAAGUUAUUGUGACUAUUCCCCUCUCCUUCCUCCCAUCCUCCCCACCAACCCCCACAAAAAAAGUCCUACCAUUGUUUUAAAAAAUCUCUCAUUCUGGAAAAGCUUUACCAUAUUAUACUGUUUUCUUUCCCAAAACUUAUCACGUGUCAGAGACACUAAAUAAGUAGUAAAGAAAAAUGAAAUGUUGCACAAAACUGGGAAAAUAGUUUUGUCCCAUUUGUUGUUAGAUUAGCUUUUGAGAACUUUAAUUGGCCCUUAUUAAAUACUAUUACAAUUCCUAUGAAGAAUUUGCAAUUCCCUAUUUUCAGACACAACUGUCAAUUUAUGCAUUUAUCAAUAUGCCAAUACAAAUAAAUAUUUAGUCCCAUCUGGUAUUAUGUAAAAUUACCAAUAAAAUAUUUUUAUGACUACAGAUUUUGCACUUUUGUUUACAACCAAUAUUUUGGAUGUCCAAAAAGCCAAACUGGAAAGUACACAUAUUCUUAAAUCUUCAUGUUGUCUCUGACUCUCUUAGCUUUCAGCUUAAAUACACACACUAAGUAUAGGGGCUCUGGUGUUAAUAUUCAAUGGAUUUUUAAAAAAUGAAUCUAGGCAGAAAAUAUUAUAUGGAAGAUUAGACAUUUGUAGAUUCUGACCGUUGUGAUAUUUGGUAGUUUCUUGUAGUAAUGUAUUUUCUGUUUAAAUGCAGUACUUCUACAGGCACAAUGGUACUGUCUAUUUUGUAAGAUGCUAGUUGUGAAAUACAAUUAGUUGCAUAAAAA